GUGGGGAGCUGCUUCUUAUUUUCGUAGUUGACGUUCUAUUAAAUAUUAAAUCCGAUGGCGUCGGUUCGGUCCUUCGAUGCCUUGUGGCGAUGGCACUAUUUCCUCAAGAUGUCCUUCUCAGCUGAAAUUCGAAACCCACGUAGAAAAACAACAAUGGCGCCGCGAAGCUAGUAGUUAUAGAUAUUGUCAUAUCACCAUUUUACUUAGUCACGUCUCUCCAGGUUACGAGCCUUCCCGCCAAUCGUUUUCGUAGCUCUGAAGCAGUCUUUCUUCCCCUACUAUUCUUGAUGGACAUUGUCGCAGGCAGACGUGAUAUCGAUUGCUUCUAGCCUCCACAGCCUGUCAACAUGGGCGUCUUCAAAUCAUAUUUUACUCCCGCUCGCGCGAAAGAAAACAAAGAAAAGAGCCACGAAGUACCUACACCGGAAAGCUCGAAUCCAAUUGCACCUUUAUCGUUUACACCCACCCUCCUAGCCCCGGGUAUAGCAGCGCCGAAAACCCCAUACGAAUCUUAUACGCCCCAGCCACGCUCCACAUCGCCAGCGAGCUCGUUAGAUCCUAUCGAACAAAUUCGCAAUGCUCGAAAAAAUUUCAUAAAUGUUAGAUCUGAUGUCAUGUGCAGCUGGUUAUACCAGCAGCAACUAGAAAGACAAUAUACAACUGGUUUGGAGUUUGACGAGGGCGUCGUUUUGAAGAAGGGUAAAAAUGACUACGCAUGCUGUCCGCCAUCGCUUCAAGAGGUGCCCAAUGGUUUGUAUGAUAUGAUAAUGGAAUUAAACGUCCGGUGUGCUAUGACGGUCAACACAAGGAUCAUCAACGUCAUUCUAAAUGCGAGACGAACGACAUACGACUAUAUCCCCAUUUCCAAAGGCCUCCGCUUGCAGGUAUUACCUAGCAUGAGUGAACUACCUCGAUGUCAAAAACACCAUUUUGCCGCGUUCAUUCAGGACAAGCAGAUCCUGGUGGUCUGGGAUGACGAGCCCCAAAAACUCCUAGUGAGAGCCGACGCCAUAGAAAGACAAUUAAUGAAUAUGAUCUGGGGUACUGGCAAUAGUGUAGCUGAGAAAGAAGAAAAGCGGGAAGGCAGAGAAAAAAGCCAAGGGGUUGAAAUAGACGCCACGGCGGUAGAUCUAGAGGCGGCGAACGACGCAGACGAAAGACGUACUAAACUCAGCAGCCCAUGCAUCGUGGCCCUAACCUUGGCGCUUUGCAUGGCUUGUAUGGGGCUAGGUCUGAGAUCCCUGGCAUACGAAGUCGAAACCGACAAGACAUAUUAUCGGUUGGCACUCAUCGCGGUCAUUCCGAUUGAGAUGUGGGUGGCCAUGUUCUUCUUCCAGUCAUUGAUCACCAACAUUUUCCAAACAAUCGGUCCUAUAUCCGCAAUCGACAAGAACUCAAGAUUUUAUUCCGGGAAGCCCCCGAAACGACUUGAUCGGGAGACUGAACGACUACCUCAUGUCACCAUCCAGAUGCCCGUGUACAAGGAGGGCCUAAGAGCCGUCAUCGUGCCGACAGUCCGGUCACUUAAGCAGUGUAUCUCUACGUAUGAGCUACAAGGCGGUUCUGCUAAUAUUUUUGUGAAUGAUGAUGGAAUGCAGCUCAUUUCGGAAGAACAAGCGCAGGCACGUCGCGAUUUCUACGACGAGAACAACAUUAGUUGGGUAGCUCGUCCGAAGCACGAUCCCAAGCCAGAGGACGGAAGUCAACCCUUUCUCCGACGCGGCAAGUUUAAAAAGGCAUCAAAUAUGAAUUACGCUAUGAUGGUCAGUAAUCGUGUUGAGGACAAGCUACUACAAAUUACUAGAACCCCGGAUUGGUCCAGAGAGGAUGAGAAAGCUGCGUACGAGCGGUGCUUUGCUGAAGUUUUAGAAGAAGACGAAGGUCGAACCCAAGCUGAGGGCAACAUACGUAUCGGCGAUUAUAUCCUUAUCAUCGAUUCAGAUACCCGUGUACCGGAAGAUUGCCUUUUAGACGCCGUUAGCGAAAUGGAACAAUCCCCGCAGGUAGCCAUAUUACAGUUCACUUCCGGUGUCAUGCGAGUGACAUCGUCUUUCUUUGAAGGAGGUGUUACGUGGUUUACCGAGCUCAUCUACACGGCCAUUACUUUCGUGGUAGCGAAUGGUGAUGCUUGCCCCUUCGUCGGCCACAACGCUAUGUUGAGAUGGUCUGCUAUUCAAGACGCCGCUUCGUAUCAUGACGAAGAUGGCUAUGAAAAGUUUUGGUCGGAAUCUCACGUGUCAGAGGACUUUGAUAUGUCUCUCCGACUCCAAUGUGCUGGCUACGAUCUCAGGUUUGCGUCUUAUACUGGAGAUGGCUUCCAGGAAGGCGUCUCUUUGACAGUUUAUGACGAACUAGCGCGAUGGGAGAAAUACGCGUACGGCUGCAACGAGUUGAUGUUCCAUCCUCUCAAGUACUGGCUCUUCCGUGGUCCUAUAACGCCCCUGUUUAGAAAGUUUUUAUUUUCCAGUAUCCAUUUCCCCAAGAAGCUUACUAUCUGCGCCUACAUCGGCACGUAUUAUGCCAUUGGAGCUUGCUGGCUUUUAACACUCAUGAAUUAUUUUCUAACCGGCUGGUUCUUCGGGCUUUACGACAAGUUUUACAUAGACUCGUUCGCGAUCUAUAUUUCGGUCAUAGUCGUCUUUACGGGGCUUGGCAAUGUUUCUCUAGCUAUAUUGCGGUAUCGGCUGAACCAGCAAUCAUUAAUAAGAGGCUUAUGGAACAACCUCAAGUGGGUCCCGUUAAUGACUAUCUUCCUCGGCGGCUUGUCCCUGCACGUAUCACAAGCUAUCUUGAGUCACUUCUUUAGUAUCGAUAUGGUCUGGGGGGCAACAGCUAAGGAAGUCGAGGACGUCAACUUUCUUGAAGAAAUCCCGCGCUUGCUCAAACGGUUCAAGGGUACUUUUCUCUGGUGCAUGAUCAUGGUCGCGCUGAUCGUAUGCGGCUACUUUGCUUUCCCCGUCGAGUGGAGAAUCAUACACUUCGCGUCUAUUUGGCCGCUCGCGUGGACUGUUGUUUGUCACUUCUUGCUACCGGUUGCGUUGAACCCGGCUUUAAUGGUGUUCGCGUGGUAAUGUUUAUAAGGUAUACAUAUUUGCGUGGGGGGUCUGGUUGCUUCAAGGCAUGUAGAUAUCAUGGUAUAUAUACGACGUAUGCUUUACGGUGUCCUUGAAAAGGAGGUACAAUAGAUUUCACAUUACACCGUGCAACGUAGAUGCAGAUAUCCUGGAUGUGGUGUAUAUAUCCUUGUUAGAAUAAUGGAUUUCAUGGGUUGAUUAAUCCGCGCUUUUACUAGAUCAUUACAUAAAAGAUCUUUAGG